GAUAAUUUUGUGAUUUUAUUUUUUUUUAAUUUUAUUCUUUUUUAUAUUAUUUUUAUCUUUUUAUGAUUAUUUAAUAACCAUGGUAAUUGGUUAAGAAUUAUUCAUAUAACAUCCGUCCAAAAAAAGCUCAAGUCCCCAUACCUGUCCCGUGACAUUAAAUCUCUAAACAAACAUAACCAUCUUCCAGCUAACAUUCUAAAAUCCUACUCACUUCCUCUCGCUCUUCUCUUCUCCAUUUCCACACUUCAUUCCAACACUACCGACACAUUUCCCCUUCUUUCUCCUCCAUUUUUACCGACGCCAUUACAAAUAUGCACAAAUUUACGACGAUUAUCUUGCUUCUCUUUAUAUCGGCGCUUUCCUCCGGCGCUCAAGAUGAAGUAACAUGCUCAGGGAUCGUACCGUUGAAAAACCGGUACGAUAAGAUAUCAAUUACGGAUUUCGGCGCUGUGGGUGACGGAAAAACGGUUAAUACUAAAGCCUUUAGAGCGGCUAUAUUUAGGAUUAAACAUUAUAAAAGAAGAGGAGGUACGUUGCUGUAUGUACCUCCGGGAGUUUAUUUAACUGACCGGUUUAAUUUAACUAGUCAUAUGACUCUUUAUCUGGCUAGUGGUGCUGUCAUCAAAGCUUCUCAGGUUGUAUCUAAAGAUGUUUCAUAUUGGCCAUUAGCUGACCCCUUGCCUUCUUAUGGUAGAGGAAGGGAGCGGGAGGGAGGGAGGUAUAUGAGCUUCAUUCUAGGUGAUGGAGUCCGUGAUGUAAUAAUUUCUGGUGAGAAUGGAACAAUUGAUGGUCAAGGAGAUGUUUGGUGGGACAUGUGGAGGCAAAGGACACUUCCACAUACUAGGCCCCAUCUCGUAGAAUUCAUGCAUUCCAGCGACAUUAUAAUAUCUAACGUGAUCUUUAAGAAUUCUCCAUUUUGGAAUAUUCAUCCUGUCUAUUGCAGCAAUGUAGUUGUUCGAUAUGUUACCAUAUUGGCUCCAGCUGACUCUCCUAACACCGAUGGUAUUGAUCCAGAUUCAAGCUCCAAUGUCUGCAUAGAAGACUCGUACAUUGCAAAUGGCGAUGACAUGAUUGCCAUAAAGAGCGGGUGGGAUGAGUAUGGAGUUGCCUAUGGCCGCCCAAGCUCUGACAUCACUAUUCGAAGGGUAACUGGCUCAACUCCAUUUGCUGGCAUUGCUAUUGGAAGUGAGAUGUCUGGCGGCGUGCAGAACGUGUUGGCAGAACAUAUUAACCUUUUCAACAUGGGAGUCGGUAUACAUAUAAAAACCAAUGUGGGAAGAGGAGGUUACAUAAGAAACGUAACAAUCUCCAAUGUAUACAUUGAAAAAGCCCGGAAAGGUAUUAAGAUUGCUGGUAAUGUCGGAGAUCACCCAGACGACAAGUUUAACCCAAACACACUCCCAGUUGUUCAAGACAUCACUAUGAAGAGCAUAUGGGGCGAGAAGAUUUUACAGCCAGGACUGGUAAAGGGGAUAAAAAACGCCCCGUUUACUAACAUCUGUCUUUCUGAUAUCAAUCUCCACGGCUCUUAUAGUGCAAAAACAACUCCUUGGCAGUGUUCUGAUGUCAAGGGAUCAGCUUUAAAGGUAAGCCCCUGGCCUUGCUCUGAAUUGAUCAGCUCCCAAGAUGCUGGAUUCUGUUCCAUUCAAGCAUGAGCUAUAUAGUUUUGUAGUAUAUAGAAAUAUAUGUUCUAGUACAAGUUUAUGGGAGACUUCAAGUCUCCAUGAUCUAAACAUAUUCGAUUGUUCGGACGUACGUAAUAAAAGAAAUUAUUUUGUAUAUUUGCUUCAUAUGAUCCCAUUUGAAAUAUCAUCAUAUCAUAAUGCGACUGAUAGGUAAAGUUAAGAAGCUAUGUUGUUGUUUGACAAAUGACUGCUUGUUGAUUUGACGAGCUCAUUUAUCAAUUGGUUUUGUUCAAUUAGUUUUAAACACGCUACCAAGAGCGACCUAUUGUUUCACAAUAACAAACUGUUUCAACAAACCAAUUUAUCAAACACUAGCAUCUAGAUGGUUUGACCGCUCAACUAUUUAUUUAUACCAAAAUAAGCUGAUAUUUUUCAAUAAACUAUGUCCAUUAAACUAUUUUACUAAUUAAACACCCUUUAAGGUAUCAUAUUGAGAUAGAGGAGUGUAUAUCAUGUAUAAGAUCCGAUCCUCAUCAAAAGGAUGCAAACUACAAAUCAAAAUAUCAAAUGAUUGUAGUUCGUCAUAUUCAUAUACGUAAAAUUACACAUCGCAACUUUCCAACUUCCAUAGUUUACCAUUAAACAUCCUGUAAGAUCACAAAUCUAUCAUAUAUUAUACAUUAAUGAUCCAAAGUAAAAAAUCGUUAUUUUAGCGUAAUUCGCUGCAUUUCUGCCACCGUAGUAGAAGAUUUUCCAGUUUCUUCGUUAAAAGUAACCCAAGAACUUGCCAAUCUUCAACAAAUCUUUCUGUAGUUCCUUUUCAUUUUCAUCUUUAUUA